AUCUGUUUAAACGAUUUUCUCUACAAUGUUGGGAUAUCUAAUUUUAAAUUCUAUCUUUGACGUAACUUUACCAGCAAUACAUUGAAAAUUUUCUCAAUAUAAAUCGAACCUGAAUUGCCCCAGUUUUAUCAGUUUGUGCAAGAUUAUCAAUAAGGAUUCCAAGGAAGCUUUUUGCAGUGAAAAAUGUUAACCUUUGUGAUUUUUGUGGCUUUGGCCAUUGGAGUUCAAUCUGUGGAUUGGUGCAAGAUGGAAAGUCAAUUCUGUGGUGGCAGGGAGCAUAUUGCCUGUGAACCAAACGCCUUUCCCUACGCCACGAAUGUGAGGAAUGUAGAAGUUAUCCCAAUGACGGAUAGCUUGAAGCAAAUGAUUGUGAAUACGCACAACAAGUACCGUAGUAGGGUGGCAAAAGGACAAGAACGUGGUAUUCCUGCUGCAGCUGAUAUGGAGAAAGUCAGCUGGAAUGCUGAUUUGCAAACUGCAGCCGCAUUUCAUGUGAAGCAUGCUAAAUUCCAGCACGAUAGCUGCCGCGCUUUUACUGGUUAUCCCAAUCCUGGCCAAAAUAUCGCCUUAAGUACAUCCUCGGUUCCUUUUAGCAAUGUUGCAGCUACAGUUGAGGGUCACAUUAAUAGCUGGUACAGCACAGAGAUGCCAUAUGUGAGGGAUAAGAAGUCCAGUUGUACGGGAAAAUUCACAUCGGAUUGCAUGCCUGCUGGGCACUACACGUGCAUGGUUAAUGGGAAAAAUGACGCCGUGGGCUGUGCUGUGGUUAAAUUUGAGGAGAAGAAUGGUCUAAGAUGGUGGUACAGGUUGAUGACUACCUGUGACUACACUGUAACAAACUUCCUCAACUUACCUGUCUACACGGCAGGAACUACGUGCUCCAAGUGCUCCUCCGCUGGAAAAAGUUGUGAUUCCGCAAGUGGACUCUGUGUUUAA